AUGGGCUGCAAAUCCUAUAUUAAACGAUCCACCGUGGAAUCUACAGUGACGCUCCCCAGUAACCGGACUUCAAAUCCCCGGAUCAAUCGCUCUACUGUCGAAUCCUGUACAUUCGAGAAUCUGACCGAAGCUACCGUAGUUCAUCGAUCUACGCUGGGAAAUGUGAAUCUUCGAGAAACACUCCCUGACUCCAAAACCGGCGGCAAACGCGACGGUUACAGCAGCAACGGCGGCAGCUACAUCAAAUUCAGUCAUGCCAAAAACAGCACGUUGACAGACUCUAAUUUGAAACGAUGCAAUAUUCAAGACUCGGCCCUUGACUCCGUCUCCCAAGCCAAGUGGUGCAAGACCCGCGAAUCUAGCAUUACGAAUGUGCCGUCACUCAAACGCUGCGAUGUGAUUGAUACGGUCCUUGACAACGUGAAAUAUUUGCAGUGGUCGACUAUAAAACAAUCGCACCUGAAGGACUGUGCCAAGAUAAAGCGCUCUACUAUACAGGAGAGCAACGUGCAAAGUUCUAUCGUUGAUCACGCAAGUCUCAUCGGCUGCAAGGCGAAUAACUGUGCUAUAUACAGAACAAGUUUUAGAGGAAUGCACAUUGAGAACGGCAUAUGGAAACACGGAUCCUUGGUUGGUCGAAUUGACGACACAAAGGAGGUUAUUUGCGAGAAGAUAUCCGCUAAUGGAGUGGUUCAUGUGACCAUCGAUGCGAAUACUCAUCCCUCUACUGACGAACGCGUCCCUGUGACCUUGAACGGCAGGCAAAUUCCACUACAUGAGAACAAACUCUCGUUCGACGAGACCGAUUCAAAUGAUGGCUUCAGUUCAGAGUUGGAUGCAGAUGGAGAUUUUGAAUCUGGCAAUAAGUUUCAAGCACCACCUCCAUACCAGCUCUGUUUAGUUCCUCAUAAGCAGACUCGUCGGUUGGCUUUCCCAUAUUUUCGUUCUGCCGGAAAAAUUAUAACAAUGGCGGGUCACGAUGCGAUUAUCCACGACCGAGACGCGAUGGGGGAGAAAGCUGAUAUGUCGCACGAAGAGGUCGUGCAUAUUGCAGCCCUGACAGAUGAGGAAAAGGCGGUGGAAGUCAAGCUGCGACGAAAAAUUGAUUCGUUGAUUUUGCCACUGGUUAUCACCGUUUACUUGAUGAAUUACAUCGACCGAAACAAUUAUGCUGCUGCCAAGCUGCAAGGUCUUACCGAUGAUUUGCACCUUAAUGACGCCCAGUAUCAAACCGGUCUAUCGAUCCUGUUUGUGGCGUAUAUCCUGAUGCAGGUCCCUUCGAACUUGCUUCUCAAUUAUGUCGGCCGGCCAUCUUUGUAUCUCGGCUUUUUUGUCGUUGCUUGGGGAUUAGUCUCUGCUCUGACUAGCCAGGCUAAAGGUUAUGGAUCAAUUGUGGCUUGCCGUUUCCUCCUCGGAUUUGUCGAGGCACCAUUUUUCGCCGGAGUGCUGUUUUAUCUGUCUAAAUGGUAUACAAAGAAAGAGCUUGCGUUCAGAAUGAGUAUUUUCUACGCUGGUUCCUUGCUCAGUGGCGCCUUUGGUAGCCUGAUUGCCGCCGGAAUUCUCUCGGGGCUGGCGGGACAUCGUGGUUUGGCGGCCUGGCAGUGGCUGUAUAUCAUCGAGGGAGCCAUAACAUGCUUCGUCGGCCUCAUUAUCAUGGUUGCUCUGCCAGACUUUCCGGAGAACUGGCGUUUGCUGUCACCAGAAAUGAAAGCCGUGGCUAACCGGCGACUGGCAAUCGAUGCCGCCGAGGCUGAUGUUGAUGAAGAGGGUGGUAUGAGUCAAUGGCGUGGAUUGAAGCUGGCAUUUGCAGACAAGCGCACAUAUGUGCUUGCCCUUGCAUACAUGGGCAUCACUGGCGCUGCUGGCUUUCAGAAUUUCUUCCCAACGCUCACCGGCACGUUGGGCUAUAACCAUGUCAUCUCACUUUUGCUUGUCGCGCCGCCAUAUAUUUUCAUGGUCGGCUAUUCUCUGCUGCACAACUAUUUCUCCGACAAGAUGCAGAAGCGGUUUAUCUUUUGGGUCUAUCCAGUUCCAAUAACCAUUGUCGGGUUCAUCAUCUUCAUGACAACCUCAUCUUUCGGGCCUCGAUACUUUUCGCUUUUCUUGAUGAACUUUGUCUUCGCCAUGAACGGCACGCUGUUUGGCUGGAUCGCCAAUGCAAUCCCAAGACCGCCGGCAAAGCGUGCAGCUUCAUAUGCCUUUAUCAACUCAGUCGCAAAUUCAGCCAGUAUCUGGACGCCGUACACGUACCGCACGCAGGAUGCGCCACAAUAUCGUCUUGCACUGGGUGUUUGCAUUGCACUUCAGGCCUUGGCCUUUCUGAUGGGCUUGAUCCUGUACCUUGACUUGCGGGCAUCGAACAAGCGGCUGGAGCGUUUGGAGAACGAGGACGUGUCCUUGACCGAGAAGGAAAUGCGGCGCCUGCAAAAGACUGCCGAAGUGGAGGGCAUCGAUAUUGGGGCCGCAAGGCGACUACAGAAGGGAUUCCGCUAUGUCCUGUGA